AUGUUCUCAAGCAGCCAAUUCGACUCCACCUCCGCCUUCUCCGGCGGCGGCUUCAUGGCUUCUCAGUCUACUCAGUUCGGUGAUUCCACUCCAUCUCCGGCCAAGAGUCGCGAGACUCACGGGUUGGUUCCUGUGACAGUGAAGCAGAUAAGCGAAUCCCAUCAAUCUGGUGAUGAAAAGUCAAAUUUUGUAAUCAGCGGGGCAGAUGUUGCUAAUGUAUCGGUGGUUGGCAUGGUAUUUGAUAAAUCUGAAAGGAACACUGAUGUUGGUUUCACUAUUGACGAUGGAACAGGGCGAAUCAAAUGCCGAAGAUGGGUGAACGAGAAUUUUGACUCAAGAGAAAUGCAGGAAAUAGAAGAUGGAAUGUAUGUUCGUGUUAAUGGACACUUGAAAGUCUUUCAAGGUGUUCGACAAAUAGUUGCCUUCUCCGUGAGGCCUGUGAAAAACUUUGAUGAAGUUACCUUUCACUUCAUUGAAUGCAUACAUACCCACUUACAGACAUCAAAGUUACAGCUGCAAGGAAAUUCUGCAACUCAACCUCAGUCUGUGGACUCAUCUCUUAGCACUCCUGUGCGGAGUGGAUCAACUGGAUACCAGACAGCCCCAUCAAACCAAUUCUCUGGGCAAGUUAGCGUUGAUGGGAUAAAGGGCUGUGAUCAGUUGGUCCUCGACUAUCUGCAGCAGCCUUCAAGCAUUGGAAAAGAAAAGGGGAUACACAGAGAUGAACUUUCCCAGCACCUGAAAGUCCCUGUGGAAAAGAUAUUGGAAGCAAUCAGAUCUCUUGAAGAGGAAGGCUUAAUAUAUUCCACGAUUGAUGAGUUUCACUACAAGUCAGCAGCAUAUGGCUAA